AUCUUGGAUUGGAUGGAUGGUUGAAGUGUGUGGGAAAUUGAAAGCGUGCCGGGAAAAGUUUCAUUUGCCUGGAAAAUACCAUCGGAUCCGAUUUUCCUGGAAAAGUAACUCAUCGAACAAUUCUCUCUUUUUCUCCAUAUCGCCUUCACUUCAAUCUCUUGCUAAAGCAGUUCCGAUUUAUGAAUCGAUUCAUCCACCAUAUAAACUCAGCUACCUUCCGAUGUCGCAAGAGGAGCUAGCCAAGCAAGCUAUAAAGCACGCAUUGAAGGCGCUUAAGAAACGACAUUUAGUCGAAGAAGGGGCUCAUGCUCCUGCUUAUAUUGCUCUUUCUCGGCCAAUCAUUUCCCAGGGUUCGGAAUGGAAAGAGAAAGCUGAAAAAUUGGAAAUAGAACUUCAACAAUGUUAUAAAGCGCAAUCAAGAUUAUCUGAGCAGCUUGUGGUGGAAGUAGCUGAAUCCAGAACAUUAAAGCUUUUCUACAAGAGAAAGAAACUGCAAUGGCUGAAUUGGAGAAGGAGUUGACCCAAACGAGGUUUGAUGUAUCCUUUAUGGCUUGGCUUGCAAGGGUUGGAUUUGGAGUUGAUUUGAACAUUGUUUAUUAGGACAGAGAU